AUGGCAAACCGGGGACCAUCAUACGGCCUCAGCCGGGAGGUGCAGCAAAAGAUUGACCGGCAGUAUGACCCUGAGCUGGAGCAGAUCCUGGUGCGGUGGAUUCUGGCACAGUGUGGGGGGGAUGUGGCACAGCCAGCGCCCGGCAGGGACGGCUUCCAGCAGUGGCUAAAGGAUGGCACCGUGCUGUGCCGGCUCAUCAACAGCCUGCACCCACGGGGCCAGGGGCCGGUGGCCAAGAUCCAGGCAUCCGCCAUGGCCUUCAAGCAGAUGGAGCAGAUCUCACAGUUCCUGCAGGCGGCCGAGCGAUACGGCAUCGCUGCCACCGACAUCUUCCAGACCGUCGACCUCUGGGAAGGGAAGAACAUGGCAUGUGUGCAAAGGACUCUGAUGAACCUGGGCAGCCUGGCCGUGGCCAAGGGAGAUGGGCUCUUCGUUGGAGACCCCAACUGGUUCCCCAAGAAGUCACAGGAGAACCGGCGUGUCUUCUCCGAGGACAAGCUGAAGGAGGGCCAGAGUGUCAUCGGGCUGCAGAUGGGCACCAACCGGGGUGCCUCACAGGCCGGCAUGACGGAAAUCAUCCUGAGCUCACAGAAGCCUGUGGCCUCUCAUGCCCAGAGCAGCCAGGACAUGGGGCGGGGGGGGCAGAGAGCCAGGCAUGCAGUGGUGUAA